CAAUGACACAGGCUCUGUCAUGUGAUCAGCUGUGUCCAAUCACAACUGAUCACUGAUGAUCAGUGCCCUGAUGAUCAGUGUAGCCCCAUCAGUGCCACCUGUAAGUGUCCAUCAAUGGCACAAACCUGUGCCCAUCAAUACCACAUAUCAGUGCCUAAAAGUGCACAUUAAUGCCACAUAGUGCCCAUCAAAGCUGCCUUUCAGUGCCGCCUAUCAGUUCCAAUCAGUGCUGCCUAUCAGUGCCAGUCAGUGCCACCCAUCAGUGCCGCCUAUCAGUGCUAUAUAUGAGUGCUGCCU